UCUCAACCUGCGUUCAAAUAAGGAGCAGAGGCAAGAGAGAGGAGAUCUCCAGAGCAAAACUCCUCCUGUCCAAAAACAACAUGUUCUCCAAAUUCACCUCCAUCCUGCAGCACGCUGUCGAGGCGCUUGCGCCGUCACUGCCAUUGCAAGAAGACUUUGUCUAUCAUUGGAAGGCCAUCACACAUUAUUACAUAGAAACCUCAGAUGACAAAGCCCCAGUGACAGACACCAACAUUCCCUCACACCUGGAGCAGAUGCUGGAUAUUCUGACCCAGGAGGAGAGAGAGAGAGAGUCAGGAGAGACGGGACCCUGUAUGGAGUAUCUUCUCCAUCACAAGAUCCUGGAGACGCUCUACACCCUGGGCAAAGCAGAUUGCCCUCCUGGAAUGAAACAGCAGGUUCUGAGUUUCUACACAAAGCUGUUGGGUCGAAUCCGCCAACCACUCCUGCCUCACAUCAACGUGCACAGACCUGUACAGAAACUGGUCCGCCUGUGUGGUGAGGUUCUGGCUGCUCCUACAGAGAAUGAAGAGAUCCAGUUUCUGUGUACCGUCUGUGCAAAACUGAAGCAGGACCCUUACCUCGUCAACUUCUUCCUUGAAAAUAAGAAUAAAAAGUCGGAGGCUGCUAAAGACGGUGGAGCUGAUUUGGUGAAAAAGGAUCCAUCUUCUCCUGAUACAGGACAGAACCAAAAGCAAAAUCCCAGUCCGGUCACAUCUGCACUCAAAGAAGCAGCAGCCUGUCAAGCCACCAGCCCAGGGGAAGCUAGUCCAUCCUCCGUCCGCACUACACUGCCAAACAACGACAACUACAACCUAGUCAGCUCACUUCUUAACCUCACUAAGAGUCCAGAUGGCCGUAUUGUGGUGAAGGCAUGCGAGGGUCUGAUGCUGAUAGUCAGUUUGCCGGAGCCAGCUGCAGCCAAAUGCCUCACAGAGAACACUGAACUCAGUCAACUUCUCACGGACCGGCUGGCACAAUUCUACCGGGCCCUUCCCCAGUCCAUGGACCCUCUUGACAUCGAAACUGUGGAGUCUGUAAACUGGGGGUUGGAUGUGUAUAAUCUAAAAGAAGAUGGUGCAGCUUUCACAGGCAAACGCGCACUCAUUUCUUUCCUGUCGUGGCUGGACUAUUGUGAUCAGCUCAUCAAAGAGGCGCAGAAGACGGCUGCUACAGUUCUGGCUCGGGCCGUGAGAGAGCGGUUCUUUGUUGCCGUAAUGGAGCCUCAGCUAAUGCAAACGUCAGAGGUUGGCAUCCUGACUUCAACAGCCCUGUUAAACAGGAUUAUCAGACAGGUGACUUCAGAAGCCCUGCUCCAGGAGACCGUUUACUUCCUGUUGGGGGAGGACACUGGACCAGAGACACCUGCCGGCAUUACCCAGCAUCCCCUGAGACACAGACUCAUAGAACAUUGUGACCACUUGUCAGAUGAGAUAAGCAUCAUGACCCUACGGCUCUUUGAGCAUCUGCUGCAGAAACCAUGUCAGCACAUUCUGCAGAACCUGGUGCUGCGCUGCUUAGAAGAACGCAACUAUAUGGAGAACAAGCAGCCCGAGGAACGAGAGGAGCGCGAGCACAUGGAGAAUGGCCAACUGCAUGACGCCGUAGAUCUUGAAGAAGACCCGCUGUUCUCCGAUCUUUCUCCUGAUAACAGACUCUCCAGCCCCGAUUGGUUAAGCUGCUCUCCACCACCAAGCACAGAACACACAAAGCCUGAUGGGAAGACGGAGGUCCACAAAAUAGUUAACAGUUUCCUGUGUUUGGUGCCUGAUGAGGCAAAAUCAUCCUAUCAGGUUGAGGGCACAGGCUAUGACACCUACUUAAGAGAUGCACACAGACAGUUUCGGGACUAUUGUGGAGUCUGUCAGAGGUGGGACUGGCGUAGCAGUCCAAAACCCUUUGAGAAGUGUAAUCUGGACAGUCCUUUUUUCGAAGGACACUUCCUCAAAGUGUUGUUUGACAGAAUGGGGCGAAUCCUCGAUCAGCCGUAUGAUGUUAACCUGCAGGUGACGUCUGUGUUGUCUAAGCUGUCUCUGCUGCCUCAUGCUCAUCUUCACGAGUAUCUGCUGGAUCCGUACAUUAACCUGGCGCCGGGCUGCAGAUCUCUCUUCUCCGUCAUCGUCAGGGUGGUUGGUGAUCUGAUGUUGAGAACUCACCGCAUUCCUGAUUUCACCCCUAAACUCCUGUUGGUGAGGAAGAGACUUCUGGGACUUGAGCCAGAGGGGAUGAGCGUUGAUCACGAGACGUUGCUCGAGGGGGUGAUUGUUCUGGAGGAGUUCUGCAAAGAGCUCGCGGCUAUCGCUUUUGUGAAGUUCCAUGCAUCCGCCUCCACUUCCCCCUGAUCCUCCCGCCACUGUGCACAGGACACAAACAGAUGAAUACAGAUGAAAGGGGGCGGAUGUCACAGGAACGACAAACCCAACUGCACUCAUCCUGCGGCAGGACUCGCAUUCAAGGAUGUUUCAUUCGCGUUAUCUCUGGGAUGUUUCCAUAACUCCGAUUGAGCGUACUGUUUUAAAUGCAACGGAGAGGAGUAUUUCAUAAUGGGAAAUGUGAUUCUCGUGGAACUGCCCAUCUGGAGAGGAUUUUGUAGCAUUGACAUGUAAAGGAAAAAGUAUAAAACCUCCUAACUUAAUGCCAAAAAAUUAGGUUCAAACGUACAAAACAAAAUGGACUUAAAUUCAAUUUAAGUAAUGAAAACAUACAAUAAGUAAAAUGAAAAACGCUGACUGCUAAAUUAAAUAUUUAAUUAUUAAUUAUUGUUUGUCAUUUGCAGUAUCAGAGAUGCUGUCAUCUGCCCUCAGUUCCUCUGAGAAAAAUAGUGCUGAUGAAACAAAUAUCAAAUGCAACACGAGUUAAUUCAUAAUGAAAAAGUACAAUAACUCAGGAUUCAAAUUCUAUCUGUGUUUGAAUAAUUGGAGAACCAGAAAAUGAGCAAACUUUUAAGUGAAUCCUCAUUAUUUAUUUUUUUCUGGUAGCGUUUGCCAACGUUUUUUAAGUUAACAGAAAGCAAUGCGGUCUGGACUGAUUUGAGAUUGGGCACAUUUGCACUCAAACCGGUUUCCACUGGUGCAUGCCCAGAGAGCUGUUCAUCCUUUAUGUUCCUGACAGUGUUCCGAAAUCAUUUUAGUUGUUAAACUUGCCAUGUUGUGUGUGUGCCUUGGUCUCAGCUAGACAAUAUCUGUGUCCUUCAUUCUGUAUCAUCACAUAUUUAUUAUAGAUUUAAAAGAUCAUUUUAAAGGAAUAAUUCACCUAACAAAACAAUAAUAAUGUACUGUAUAUGUCCUUAUGUUGUUGAAAACCAAUAGUUUCUAUGAAACAACAUGCAAUGGAUGUGCCUGAAAUAGUGAUAGACACAAAAAGUACCCUAAAAAUGAUUCAUUUAAUUUGUGCUCUUUAUACCAAGUUCUCUAAAGCAACUGUUAUAGAUUUGUGUGAACUAAUAGGGAAAAUUUCAUAAGUCAAGAUUUUCAGUGAAUGAGUUUAAUUUCAGUCUGUUUCUCAAACCGAGCUGUUGUACAAUUAGGAAGACUUAAUAUUAUACAUUUAUUUGAGAUUUUUUUUAAAGCUUGGUAGCAAAAA